AUGACCACCAGCACGACUUCUGCCACUGCCCGCACGGUAGCGGAGCAAAUAUCCGUAGAGAAUACCGGCCCAGAUGUCUUCCGAUCGCGCUACAAGCCCGAAAAAAUGGGCAACACCGCCAACAUCGCCUAUGGCGGGUGCGCCCUGGGCGUCGCCGUCAAAGCAGCCUGCGAAACCGUCCCAUCCCAGUAUCUCCUCUACUCCGUCACGGGACACUUCCUGGCGCCCGUCUCCACGGAGGUUCCACUCAACUGCUCCGUUCGCCGCCUCCGAGACACACGAACGUUCGCCACCCGCCAGGUCGAGGUGACCCAGCAGCAGGGGACCACCAACACCAGCCGACUAUGCAUGGUCAUCCUGGCGGACUUCCAGAAAGAAGGAGAAAAAUCCCUCCUCAGCUUCUCCGCCCCACCCGAGCGGAAGUAUCAUCGCCCGGAAGACUGCCUAACUCCCCAGCAGAUAGGCGCCAAGAUGGUACAGCGGGGGGUCCUCACCGAACAAGCCCUGUCGUAUUACAACGUCUUGCUGGGCCUGCUGGCACGCUUAUUCGAAACGAGACAGACCCCAGAGGGCGUCUUUGGACAGAACCUGACGGGCAUGGCCAAGAGAGAGCCCACGACUCAAGACUCCCUGCCCCUGACGUCGCGGACGUCGGCGGACUGGAUACGCGUGCGCGGGCCGUGUGCGCAGCGCGCGGAUCAUUACGCCGGUCUGGCGUUCGUGCUGGAUGCGUAUCUGAGCUUCCUUGCGCUGGCCCAUAGCGGGAGGUUUCUGGACGACGCGGGUGCUUGUGCCUCGUUGGACUUUACGAUGAGGGUCUUUUCUGCGGACUGGGAUCUGAGGUCGUGGUUGCUGCGGGAGAUGAAGACGGUUUCUGGGGCGGACGGGCGGACGUAUUCCGAGGCGAGAGUGUGGAAUCAGGCGGGGAAGCUGGUCGCGAAUAUGACGCAGAUGUCGAUUCUGAGGCCCAAGAGGGAGGCGAAGGCGUCGCUGUGAGGGUUUUAGAAGGAUAUAGUGCUUGGCGUGUGAAGGCUGCAUCGUUCAAGUGCUGAAACAGAAAUAAUGUUAUCUAGACUCUGGACUACUAUGCAUCCCGGCUGCACCAGUCUAAUAGAGCUGGAAAGGAAAUUAGAGGAGACAUCAAG